AUGCCUACCAUCAGACUCCUUCCACACCAAGACCCUCGCUCUAAUAGACCAUCUCUGUCAUUUCCAGCUACCUCCAGGACUCUCCCACAUGAAGAUUGUGUGAUUCGCGUUGGUCGAUACUCGGAGCGUGACAUCAAUCCCAACCCCCCUCAGCAUACGCCAUCUUCUGCUCCUGUGGGGUUCAAAUCAAAAGUGGUCAGUCGAAGACACUGCGAAUUUUGGUGCUCUCAGGGACAAUGGUACAUCAAAGACGUCAAGAGUUCUUCUGGAACUUUCCUCAAUCAUAUAAGACUUAGCCAGCCAAGUGCCGAGUCAAAACCAUUCCCAGUCCACGAUGGGGAUGUAGUCCAACUGGGUAUUGAUUUCAGAGGUGGUGAAGAGAUGAUAUUCAGAUGCGUGAAGAUACGGGUGGAGUGCAAUCGGGCAUGGCAAAAGACCAUCAAUAAUUACAAUGUGAAGACGCAUAAGCAACUCCGUGAUUUGGGAAAGACAGCUACGAAGAAAGACUCUGACACAACAUCUUCUCAUUCUUCCGAGUGUUCAAUAUGCCUAAUGUCAAUAGCCCCAUGCCAAUCGCUCUUUGUUGCACCAUGUUCGCACGUCUGGCAUUACAAGUGCAUUCGGCCAAUACUCAAUGAUCAUAAAUCUUGGCCGCAAUUCUUGUGCCCAAACUGCCGAGCGGUCACUGAUUUGGAGGCUGAUAUUGAGGACCCAGAGGAUGGGAAUUGGGAAGAUGCGAAUGGUACGGAGUCGAGUCCUGAGAUUGGCCCAACCCAUGACACCAAUGAUAUGAUAGCGGAGCAGAGAGGAAUGGCGAUGGGUGGCGAAGAUAACGGACUGUCCAAUACGGCAUCUAGACUUCUGACUGUAAGAGAUGAUAGCCACUCAACGCCUUCUGUGACGGCUUCAUCGGAUCCCACGAAUGGCGCAAACACAGCUCCAGGCCUGCUCACUCGUCGUGGCGCUCGCCGAAUCUCUCCUCCCUUUUCCUACGCUGGGGACCAAUCAGCCUCCAAAUCUACCCCGGGUGCAGUGCAGUUUUUACGGCCCAUUACGCCCACUCAGCCCCUUUUAGGGACCGAGGAUUUCAACGAAUCUGCGUUACGAACGCCAACGACAGAAAUGCUCAUACACGAUGGACCUAUGACACCUACUAAUAAUGCAGGCCCUUUUGUUUUCGAUGGUAGUGCAGGGAGAAGAGUGGAUAACGGUCUGUUAGGACGAGCGGACCACAUGUCAUCAGAUGCUUGA